AUGAAAGGUAUCAGCAGCUUAUUGUUCGCAUCUUUAAUUAUUUACACCUGCGGUGUUCCACGUGAGAGUUCGGGAUGGAAGUCUGCCUUGGAGCAAAUUCAAAAACAACGCGACGAAACAGUUUCGCCUGUUCCCAGUACAAACAGUGCGCAAGAUGAACCAAGUAUCGACUACAAACAGCUUAUUCAAAAAUACUUGAAACCUGAUGGUGAUCGAAACGGUGAUAAUACUACAGAGACAGGGAAAUCUGGAAGUAUUUUAGACUGGAUCCUGCGAUGGAGAAGCAAUGGCACUAGGUCUAAUACCGAAGAUAAUCAGACUGAAGACAACUCACCUUUUGGAAAAAAUAUUUGGAGAAAGUAUGCCAACCGAUGGAAUAGAGGAGAAAAUAAUGGCGAGGAAAAGAGUUCCACUGUAAGUGACUCUGAUGCAAAUAAUUCCAACAAAAAUGAGUCCAAUAAAAAGAAGAGAAGUCUGAACGAGGAGGAUCCUAACAAAACUACUACCGAAGUGAACAACUCUGAGGAAAACGAAUCCAACAUAAACGAUUCCGAUGCAAAUACAUCCAUCGAAAAUGAGUCUAAUGAAAAUUCCAACAUGCAGAAUACUCGGAAAGUAACACCUCGCGGAAGUAGACAGCGGAGAAGUCCCAAGGACUCCGAUAAUGAUUCUGAUGAUAACAACUCCAAUGAGAGUGAUUCUAAUGACGUAACAAACGAAAGUAAUUCUGAUGAUAAUAAUUCGAACGAAAGUGAUUCCGAAAAAAGGAAACUCCGUGGAAAGGAUGCAAUUCCUAAGAAGUCCUCCGAGGACAGGAAUUCUGACGAAACAGUUUCCGAAGACGAUCCUAAUUCCAAUGAAAGUGACGACGUAACAAACGAAAGUGAUUCUGACGACAAAAAUUCGAACGAAAGUGAUUCUCAUAAAAAGAAAAAAAAUUCUGACUUGUCAGACUUGAGUGAAGAAAGCGGUUCCGCCGACAGGAGCCUCGAUGAUAAAUCAAGCAGCAGUCGCGAUGAAGAGAUCAAAAAGAAGAAAGACAAAUUGAAGGACCAUCGUCGUCGUAAUCAUGGUCGAUCGUCUGAUAACUCUGUCCAAAGUGCUAGCAACGAGAAAAAUUCUGAAGAAAAUAAUUUCGAAGAAUAUUUGGAAAAAGCCAAACGAUACAAAGAGAAGCGCAAAGAAAUAGUGCAGAUGCUCGCAAAUGCUGAUGCUAACAGACGUAGAUGGCAACAAUUGCAUAGAGAAAGAGAGAUGGAAUGGAGAAGGAAAAUAGACUCGAAGAAGGAAAUACUGAAAAACAAGUUCGACUUGAAAGAGAAAAUAAUGCGUAUUUGUAACAUCACAGACGAGAUUAAAUAUAAUAAUACUAGCAAUGUAAAGGAAUGCAUCAGAAAUUAUAUUCAUUCAUUGAUCAAUGCAUUAGAAUCGUCAAAAGCUGAAAGAACGAGACCAUCAAAGGGAAAUAAAACAGGCCCAGUAGUACCUGAUUCCAAGUUAUCCAUCAUUUAUUCAAUAUUAAAUAAAAAUAGACCACCAACUGGUACAAACAUCAAUGGUGCACCUAACCCAACGUCUGAUCUAGAAAUAGACGUGAAAAUACCUGAAGAUAACGUCGUCGUCACAGGUGAAGCACGCGUAUCUGAAAUCGACAUCAAUGGUUGGAUCGAUGUCAACGUAGUAGCCACAGAUGACAGUUCCUUAAAAAAUAAGAAGCCUUCCAUUAAUGAUAAAGGUCCAAGCGAUUCGAAUAUUCCACCAUCAGGUGGAAAACAGACACCUGAAUCUCAUCGUAAGAAGUCACAACCAACGCCUACGAAAAAUAAGCCUGACGUUUCAAAUAGUGAGAAGCCUAAAACUGGAGCAGACAACUCCUUGGACUAUAGUGGAAAAUCACCCAGUAACGAACCUAACCAGGUUGAAAGUGGUAUCAACCAACCCUCAGAACCUAAUGGAAAUGAAUCACCAAAGUCAACUCCACCAGCUGCGGAAGCUAGUUCAUCAAAUGAACAGGCAACUACAGAGCUAGAUCAAGGGCCUCAAACAGUUGAGAGUGGCAAUGUAAACAAUGAACCUGAAGCAGGUAACUCUCCAAAUGACAGUGGAAAUUCAUCCAAUAAUGAUACUGAAGAAUCCACCACAGAGAUUAGUGAACUUAUAGAAUCUAAUGAUGAUGAAUCAUCCAAGUCAACUCCACUGGAUGUGGAACCGGCUCUGACAAGUGGACAGGGAAGUGAAGCAGAAGAUGCAGAGUCUCAAUCAGAUCCUGAUGACAGUGACAGUUCUCCAAUUAAUACAAGUACUACACCUACAGCAAGUAACUCGUCCAACAAUGGAGAAUCAUCUAUCGAUGAAACUAAGCCAUCUAAGUUAAACAUUAGUCAACCUGCAGAACCUAAAACUAAUGGUUCAGUGGUACUUGGUCCAAUACUUCAGGAACCUACUCUAACAAGUUCAGGCGGAGAUGGACAGAUUUCAGAGGAUACAACAGUAUCAACAGAAGUCCCAAACACAACUACUCCAGACGGAAGUUUUGAGACUAGUUUAUUAUUCAACACUAUUGUCUCGGAGAGCAUAGAAUCAGUUAAAGCAACUACUGCAGUUCCAGUCAAUGUUGUUCCAGAAGAACCAAUUGAAGAGAACCUUGUGUAGGGAACAUAAUAUAUGUAAAUAUAGUAUUAAUUGUAGUAUAUUGUACAACCUAAAUUAAUAAGGAUAAAAUAAAUGCAGCAAUUAUAAGAAUUUCAGAAA